CGCCGGGACAGGUGCGCUCCGGAGCCGCCUCCCCGCCGGGCGGGGUCCUCCGCGCAAACCUGCGCUGGGCUCGCCCUGCGCGCUUCCGGGCCUUGCGCGCUCCUUGCCCACCCGGGGCCCCAAAGGGAGGCAGCUGUGGAAUGACUGGGCACCCUUCAGACGUCGCUUAUUUUCUCCUGCCACUUUCCAGACCGAGGUGCUGAGAUUGAAUGGGCUCUCCUGGCUCAAAAUGGCCCAACAGCACUCAACCGGCCUUCUGGGGGACGGAGAUCCUCUCCUGGGACCUCCAUCCCCCAACAACAACAGCGUGUCUCCUCGGGAGAAAUGCCCCCCCGCGACCCCCUUGGAGGAUGCCGACCCCCUGGCCAAGCCCUCGACCCCCCUCGCCACUCCACGCCGGAUCAUCCUGAGCACCAAGAGCCCGGCCGCCCUCAAGGUGGGCACCCAGCAACUCAUCCCCAGGAGCUUAGCCGAAGACCCCAAGUCUAAGCUUCCCACCCGUCCCCAGAGCUUCUCCGAAGGGGCGGCAGGCGGCAGGGAGGGGCUCCGUGGAGACCCCAAGCGCUUGUCGGCGCCCAGCCUUUCCUUGGAGGACGAGCCUGACGACGAGCUGGACGCCGUCGAAGGGAUCCUGAAACGCAACCUGCGCAGCAUGUCUUACCGGGCGGCCAUGAAGGGCGUGAGGAACGGCGGAGAACCUGAGGUGCCCCCGGCCGUGGGGGUUCUCAAGCCCAUGUUGGGGGAUGCCAAGGCCCCUGCUGGCCGGGCUCCUGCGAGGAACAAGCGAACAUUGGGGCGCAAGCGACUGCAGCAUCACGGCGGUUCGUUCAAAGAUGAUCCCCGCUUGUACCAAGAGAUCCGAGAAAAGGGCCUCAACUCCAUCAACCACGAAUCGGACGACGACUUGCUUGACCUGGACGCCAUUCCCGAAGAACAGCCGCCCUCCAUCGUGGUGAAAAGCUACCGCCCUGCCCACGCCACCUGGAGCCAGCAGCCCGAGGUCCUGGAAGCCGGCAUCUUGGACCGUAUAUCCCCGGAAGAACGUAAGAGGCAAGAGGCCAUCUUUGAGAUCAUCACCUCCGAGUACUCCUACCUCCAUAGCCUGACCAUCCUGGUGGAGCAUUUCCUGAAGUCAGCCGAGUUGAAGGAGACCAUGACCCAGAUGGACCAUCAUCACCUCUUCUCCAACGUGGGGGACAUCUUGGCGGUCAGCAAGAGCUUUUUUGAGGAUUUGGAAAAGAGGCACCAGGAGCACGUGGUGAUUCCGGACAUCAGCGACGUGGUGGAAGCGCACGCCUCCGGACACUUCCACCCCUACGUCAUCUACUGCUCCAACGAGGUCUACCAGCAGAGGACCCUCCAGAAACUCCUAGCUUCCAACGUCGCCUUUAAGGAGUCCUUAAAGCGGAUUGAACAGAUGCCGGAAUGCGGCAGCCUGCCCCUGAUUUCCUUCCUCAUCCUCCCCAUGCAGAGGGUGACACGGCUGCCCCUCCUCUUGGAUACCGUCUGUCAAAAAACCCCAGUGAACACAGCUGCGUACCGAGCCACCACGCAAGCUCUGAAGGCCAUCAGCAAGGUGGUGAAGAAGUGCAACGAAGGAGCUCACACCAUGGAAAGGACGGAACAGAUGUGCAGUCUGCAGAACCAGCUGGAUUUUGGCAAAGUCAAGAACUUCCCACUGAUCUCGACCUCCCGCUGGCUGUUGAAAAGGGGCGGAGUCUGUCUCCCUCCAACCGAAGACGGCGGGAUCUUUCGGAAGGGAUCCGGGCGGGGAAUCUGUUACCUCUUUGUCUUCAACGACGUCCUGAUCAUCACCAAGAAAAAAAGCGAGGAGAGCUAUGCUGUCCUCACCUACUCCAUGUUGGAACAUCUCACGGUCGAGAAGAUCGAAACCCCAGACAGUCCGACCAGCCUCGGUCGCAGCGGCCACCUCUUCCAACUCACUUUGCGGAAGGACAAUGAAGGCAAGCCGGAGGAAGUCGUCCUGGCUGCAGAAUCGCGAAGCGACAGGGCCCGAUGGAUCAGCGCAUUGAUGCACCGAGAAGAGAAAGAAACCAGCACAGCAGAGAAAGGAGGUGAGUCCAAAAGAAAUGCUCAAUUUUAG